AAGCGUCAAAUAGUGUCAAAUACCAUCAAUGAUCAAACAAAACAUACGAAAUGCCUCCUCAAUAUUGCAAAUGCAACAAAAAUUCAAAGUAAAUCUAGCUACAGCAUGCUUCGCUGACAUAAACCUCAUCUUCCCACCACCACCACCUUCCAGCCAUGAUGAGAGCCAGUAACAUCCUCAGGUACCUCUCUUGUGGACGAAAAGUCAACAGGAAGGCACCAGACGCUCAUCUUCAUUGCGGAAGACGACACACCAUCACCAGGCACUAUGCAGAUGCCAAGAAACCCCCAAAAUCUGAGCCAGCUUCAAUCCAAACUACUACAACCACAGACACGUCGGAGCGGUUGCGCGUGCGGCGCGCGCGGCCCGGGGACGCCCCGCGCGUGGUCCGCUUCGUGCGCGAGCACGCGGGGGGCUGGCCCGGAGCCCCACCGGCGCGCGCCGCCGCCGUCGCGCUGGCCGACUUAGUGGCCCGGGCGCUGGCGCAAGGACACUCGAUGCUAGCGGAGCAGCAGGAGCGGCAGGCGGGCUGGGCUCGAGUGCGCGGCGUGGCCAUCGGCGCCGCCGCCUGCCCGUGGGACGCCGCGCUGCUGGCCCGCUGGGGCCGCUGCCUGCGCGCCGCGCCUGCCCGGGAUCUCGUGGCCGCCACCGCACACUGCCUCCGCGCGCCCAAGUUGCACGAGAAGUAUCGGGUGCAUAAUAUUCUGCAGAUGACCCUGAUAGUGCCAGACGGGGCCUCGAGUCCGGAGCUAGUGCGGCUCCUGGUAGGACAGGCCAUCAAGCGAGGCCGGGACGCCGGCUUCCCGCUGCUGCGGUUCGAUGUAACCAAUGCUGAGGCAGCUAAGGCGCUAGAAUCUUUAAAUCUGACGAAAGAAUGGGAAAACACGUUCAGCGAAACAAAUCCCAAACCCGAUUCCACUGCAGAACGAAAUAAUAUUUUCGUGUACUCAGUGUUUACCAACCCAUCUAUUGUUAACGACAGUAACGAGUCUUCAGCAAAAUAAAACACAUUUCCAUGACCAU